UUGUAAGCAAAUUUCUCUCGUAAAGUCUCGUUCAGGGCGUGAAGUAAAGUAUCUGGAAAAUGGCGACCAGUGGAGUUUCGUGGGUUGUCAGGCAAACUUUAAACAGGUUUGCACAUCCGAAUAAGUCGCAUUUACUUGUUGGAAAAGCCCAGAAAUUGUCGCACAUCAAUGCUGCUGUCUGCCCGUGUUUGUCCUAUUGUACAACAGUUCUCUCCAGAGAUAAUGUAUUGGUGGAGUACCGACAUGGGUUGUCUGUGUUCUCAGUGCCUUUACCAUCACGGAAAGAAUCCUGUGAAUUUGUGCUCAAACCUGUCUCCCAUACAGUGCAAGACCUUGUAUCAUUUCUUAAAGAAGAAGACAAAGGAAUAGAUAGGGUGGCAGUGUACAGAGAUAAUGGAGCAAAGAUUGCUGGAUCAACUACGAUUGAUAUACUGCUGAGAUCCCCUUUCACUGUCACUAUUAAUGAGAAUUCAUACACCAUAAGCCCUCCAGAACCAGAAAUGACACUUCCUACAGAGAGCUUUGAAAAGUUAACUGAAGUAAAAGCAUUGACUGCCAAGCUUUUUUCUCAGCUUAAUGUAGAGGAAUACCAGUUAAAGCGAGAGAAAGAAAUAAUUCAGGAUUUGGAAGAGUAUAGAGUGCAGAUUGCCCCAUUACUUUUGCAAAAGGCGGAGAUGGAGCAGAAAAUUGUGUCAAGAAAUACGACAGCGAUGUAUGUAGGGUCAACAUUAAUGGGCUUACAGUUUGGGUUUUUUGCCCGGCUUACAUGGUGGGAGUAUUCAUGGGAUGUGAUGGAACCUGUCACCUAUUUCGCAACUUAUGCUGCUAUCAUUGGAAUGUAUGCAUACUAUACUGUGUGUGCACAGGAGUAUAACUAUGUUGACGCCUGGGAUAGGGAAUUCAUCAACAAAUUUUACAAGUUGGCAAGAAAAGAAGGCUUUGAUAUUGAGGAAUAUAACCGUCUGUCUAACCUCAUUGCACAGCGCGAGUCGGAUCUCUGCAGACUGCGGGACCCACUACAGUUGCAUCUACCUAUACGAGAAUUAUAAUCACUGCUAUUUACACAUAUAGUCCAUAUUCUGUAUUCUGUAUAUAUAUAUAUAUAUUCAUCAUCUCGUAUGUUUAAACUAGUUCGAGGCAGAAUGUGAAAAUUGUAGACCUAAUUGUGAGGAAGCUAUGAUGAAACAUAGUGUUGAAAUUUUCUAUUGUAUAGAUUUGAGAAUUACAGCAGUAUAGAAGCAUAUAUUUGUCAUAGUAUUUUUACUGAAACAAAAUUAAAGAGGAGUAAAAUUAUUGGCUAUGAAAAAGUUUAGAAACAAAUGUUUAUUGAAUAUAAAUUGAGUGAUAGAAACAAAAUUGUGUAUACAGAUGAAAUUAUAGUAAUAUAACACUUUUAUUAAAGAUGUUGUUUACAGCUGUUGCCAUGGAAUCAGGAUUUUUUUAUGCCACACGGGCAUAUAGUAGUUGAACUGUCCAUCCAUCUGUCCGUACAAGGUUAACCUAAACUGGCAAAUGGGAUUUAUUUAAAGUUUGACCUGUACCAAUGGCUUAGUAAUUUACAGUAAUCAGUACAAAGUACAUGAUCUGGGCAAGUUACAUAACUAUGGCUUCCAUUUUGUCAAAGUUAUUGCCCUUUUUCAGCACUUUGAAAAUGGAUCUGGUUAACCUAAAACGACAAGUUGGAUAUAUCUAAAGUUCUAUCUGUACUUACAGCUUCAUAAUUCCAUCACCUCAGUUGUUCCUUUCUGUUAGGGUGGAGUAUGGGGUCACUUGGUUGUAGGUCAUGGUCUUGUAUUUAUAUAUAUUUGAUAAAUUUUUGUUGCUAAGUUGAAUUCUUUUCAAUUUCAUCUAAUAGCAAUAUUAAGGUCACUUAUGCAAUGACAUGCCAACUUAUAUUAUUCACAUUAACAAAACGUCAUGACUUUGUCAAGUUAUAUAACUGUGUUUACAAUUUUUUGGGCAUUUUUGUGUCCAUAAUAGAGUGAUAGGUAAACCUUAUUUGAAAAAUUGUUACAGGUAAAAAUUUGAGCCUGGGGCUUUUGUGUUUACCAAACACUUUCUUGUUUUCUAAAAUUUGUGAUCAGUGUGUGAUAAACUGCCUUGUAAUAUAUUCUUUUUGUAGGUAGGUUAUUUCCCUUUGUAUAAUGUUUGGAAUGAUAUGUUUUAAAUCAUUCAAAUUAUUUGUAAUUCAUCACUUAGGCCUACCAGCCUUCUUGAUAGUAUUUAUUCGCAUUUGAACUGGAAACUGCAUUUUUCUUCAACAAUGCACUCAAAGAUGAUAUCUAUUUCCUUAUUAAUGCAUUUUCUAUAAAGUGAUAUAAAUAGAAACAAUUCUGUUUCAAACAAAGAUUCAUUUUCUAUUUAAUAUUUUUUUUGUUAUUUUUAAGCUGUAUUUUGAUAAAAGAGUAACUAUUGUUGAUCAUUUUGUAAUGUCUCUUCUGUUAACUUUAUAUUGUUGAAAUAAAUGGUAAGGAGUAUUUUUCACGGUUAGAAGAAUAAAUAUUUAGAGCUGUCAUUGAUAGAAAUAAUUAUGAUGUGUCAUUGAUAUUUUUCUGUUACAGAUUUGAAAAAUUAAUAUUUUGACUAAUUAGUAAAGGUCUAGAAAUGACAAAAAUCACCUAAAACAUAAAGGGAAGCAGAUGCCAUGUCAAAAGUUGACUCUAAAACUAUACUGACCAUACUAAAUGGGCAUAUUUCAUAUCAGUGAUGACAAAAAAAUGGCAGAAAAGAACAUUCAGAGUAGAUUUAUAAACAAAUCAUGUCAUAAUUUUAUGCAUAGAAUUUUACUGCCAACAGUUUGAAAGUGAUCUCCAAUGACAACAUAGUAUACUUCCAAUGACAACACAGGACUCACUCAAUCACUAUUGAUAAAGUCUGUCUGAUUUCAAGAUAGUCAGAAUGUGUGAAAGAAUAUGAAGGACAAUUUAGAACAGUUUUGAUUGAAGCAACUAGAUCUGUAUAUUUAACACAAAGUUUACCUCCACUAAUAUAACAGCUAAUCAAGUUUAUUAUUGUAUUGCUUUAAUUUGCUUAUGCUAGAUUUUGUUUAUUUUAUUCCUACAUAAUUGACUUGUUAUACAACAUACAUACUCAUUUUAACAUAUCAUUU